AUGUAUCGACAAUGUGCGUCAUCACCAUCAUUCACAUCGUCAACAGUUCUUAGUGAUCGAAAAGAAAGCUUAUUAUCGACCUGUUCGGCUUACAUCAACUGCUAUUCAUGUUCAGCUGGAACAGAUGGAUGCUUUCCGUUUUCUGCAUAUGGUCGCGGAGUAAUUGCCUACGCAUAUAAUGUCUGCGUUAAAUUCACUAAUGGAACUUCGUUAACGACCUACCGAUAUCCGUAUUACUAUUGCCCAGGUUCUAAUGAUGGAACUGUUGGUACGUUCUGCUGUAUGACGGACUAUUGUAACGGAGUCACAAGCAAAUAUCAAAUAUCAAGUCUCUUCCAAUUUGUUCUUGCUGCUGUUUUGGUCAACUUUCAACUCAACUCAUUUGUGGUAUUGAAUUUUUAUCUAUAA